AUGAAGAGUAUACUCCUGUUUGCCCUCCUGGGACUUGCCGCCGCAUUCCCCUUGGAUGAUGAUAAGAUCGUAGGAGGCUAUACCUGCCCUGAAAAUUCUGUUCCAUACAUUGUAUCUCUGAAUGCUGGCUACCACUUCUGUGGAGGUUCUCUGAUUAAUGAUCACUGGGUGGUCUCUGCUGCUCACUGCUACCAAUCACGCAUUGAAGUCAGACUUGGAGAACAUAACAUUGAAGUGAUCGAGGGAAAUGAACAAUUUAUCAAAUCUGAAAAGGUUAUCCGCCACCCAAAAUACAAUUCCUAUAUGAUUGACAAUGACAUCAUGUUAAUCCGACUGUCAGAGCCCGCCAAACUGAACAACCGUGUACAGCAUAUCCGUCUGCCUACAGCCUGUGCUCCAGCCGGAACACAAUGUCUCAUCUCUGGGUGGGGAAACACUCUGAGCUACGGAUCAAAUUAUCCCGACCUUUUGCAAUGUUUGGAUGCUCCUAUUCUAACCGACCAGCAGUGCCGUGAAGCUUAUCCAGGACAAAUCACCGAGAAUAUGAUCUGUGUGGGUUAUCUCGAAGGAGGAAAAGAUUCCUGCCAGGGUGACUCAGGUGGCCCCGUGGUUUGCAAUGGAGAGCUGCAAGGAGUGGUAUCUUGGGGUAGAGGCUGUGCUUUAUCUGGGUAUCCAGGCGUUUAUGCUAAGGUGUGCAACUACAUUGGCUGGAUUGAGGAGACCAUCGCCAACUACUAAAUAUUCUGGAAAAGGUCAUCUAUAUGUAAUUAUGGCAUACAGGAGAAACUCAAUAAAUUAGCAAACAAA